AUGGAUUAUCGAGGCAAGAAACUUCUGCACAACCCGCAACAGUUGUUGCACCUGAUCACACCUGCGAGCGCACCAUUAACUGACCUGGUAUCACCUGCGCGGGCCAUAAACAUCAUUGAACCUAGUAUCACCUGCGCGAACCGCAAACACCAUUAAACCUGGUAUCACCUGCGCGCACUGCAAACAUAAUUGAACCUGGUAUCACAUGCGCACACAGCAAACAUCAUUGAACCUGGUAUCACCUGCGCGCACCGCAAACAUAAUUGGACCUGGUAUCACCUGCGCGCACCGCAAACAUCAUCAAACCUGGUAUCACCUGCGCGCACCGCAAACAUAAUUGAACCUGGUAUCACCUGCGCGCACCGCAAACAUAAUUGAACCUGGUAUCACCUGCGCGCACCGCAAACAUAAUCGAACCUGGUAUCACCUGCGCGCACCGCAAACAUCAUUGAACCUGGUAUCACCUGCGCGCACCGCAAACAUAAUUGAACCUGGUAUCACCUGCGCGCACCGCAAACAUCAUCAAACCUGGUAUCACCUGCGCGCACCGCAAACAUAAUUGAACCUGGUAUCACCUGCGCGCACCGCAAACAUAAUCGAACCUGGUAUCACCUGCGCGCACCGCAAACAUAAGUGAACCUGGUAUCACCUGCGCGCACCGCAAACAUCAUCAAACCUGGUAUCACCUGCGCGCACCGCAAACAUCAUCAAACCUGGUAUCACCUGCGCGCACCGCAAACAUCAUCAAACCUGGUAUCACCUGCGCGCACCGCAAACAUCAUCAAACCUGGUAUCACCUGCGCGCACCGCAAACAUCAUUGAACCUGGUAUCAGCCGCGCGAACUACAAACAUCAUUGAAUGGUAUCACCUGCGCACACCGCAAACAUCAUUGAACCUGGUAUCACCUGCGCGCACCGCAAACAUAAUUGAACCUGGUAUCACCUGCGCGCACCGCAAACAUAAUUGAAUCUGGUAUCACCUGCGCGAACUGCAAACAUCAUUAAACCUAGUAUCACCUGCGCGGACCGCAAACAUAAUUGAACCUGGUAUCACCUGCGCGAACUGCAAACAUCAUUGAACCUGGUAUCACCUGCGUGCACCGCAAACAUAAUUGAACCUGGUAUCACCUGCGCGCACCGCAAACAUAAUUGAACCUGGUAUCAUCACAUGCGCGCACCGCAAACAUAAUUGAACCUGGUAUCAUCACAUGCGCGCACCGCAAACAUCAUUGAACCUGGUACACCUGCGCGCGCACCAUAAACAUCAUUGCACCGGCCUGCAAACAUCUAGUAUCAUCUGCGCACGUACCCCUUCAAAACCCCUUUACCAUCAUUGCACUUGGAAACACCUGAAUAACGUUGCACCUGGGAAUACCAUCACUGAUGGGAAAAAAGCAACCACAGCGCAAUACAAUACAAUACAAUACAAUACAAUACAAUACAAUACAAUACAAUACAAUACAAUACAAUACAAUACAAUACAAAUACGAUACGAUUUCUGUAUGCUAAAAGUGUUGUAUAUUUGCCAUUUUCUGCAUUGCAGCCUUGGAUGUCGCUGUGUAUUAAAUUGCUGUGUAUGUAACCAUGUAACUCUGGAGAUAUGUGUAUUCUGUUUAGUUUAGUUUCAUGCAUCUAUUUUAUAUAGUUUAAUUUUGUGUAAUUAAUUUAGUUGUCGCCCAUUUGUCAUGAAACUAUGAACUUUUUCUAUAUUCAAACUAUUAUGUUGUGAGAUAUUAACUAGGGUUGUAUGUGGACUUUCUGUGUAUUGAAACGGUUGUCCAUUUGUCGUGAAACUAUGGACUUUUUCAGGUGUAUUUAAAUUUAAACUGUUGUCCAUUUGUUAUGAAACUAUGGACGUUUUUGUAUCAAAACUGUCGUCCAUUGGCAUGAAACUAUGGAUUGUAUAAUGUGUACAGAUCCGAAAACCUCGAAAUACUCUUUGAUAAGCCAUGUUGACGUAUGUGUACCUAAAAUCAAGCAUAUAGAAUGAAUCAAAUGCAUUUUCUGUUUGAAAAAUAUCGGUCCAAAUUGCCAGCGUCGGAAUACUCCCAGGUAUGAUUAUAUAAUUAUCACUUAUUUACUGACACCGAGGGAAACAGUGUGUUUUGUGGACCCUCGACCGUCGAUGUUUCCGAGGCGAAGCCGAGGGAAACAUCGACGGUCGAGGGUCCACAAAACACACUGCUUUCCCGAGGUCUCAGUAAAUAAGUGUUUUAUUAUAUAUCAAUAGUCAAAGAAACAACAAAUUAAAGAACAAAUGAACGUAAAUACAUGAAAUAUUUUAUUGUUAAAACGUUAUAUUAAACACUGGCUACACUGCAGUUACUUAAAGCGAAAGUUUUAAUUACGUACUAGGCAUGUCCAAAGGUCGCACCUUCACCUGAUGACGCACGUGAUUUUUUUUGUUAUUCGCCGGUGGAUAACGUAUUGUCUCCCUCUCGCGCUGUUGCGAGGGAGACAGCCUAAUUUCGUCACUCUCACGUGAUAUGCUCUCAACCAAUAAAACACUAGAAAAAUGCGACUUUGACUAUUGAUAUAUAAUAAUCGGAAUUAGUACCCUCGCCCCGGGCUUACGCCCGUAACGACGCUUCAUGCUGUUGACUCAGGGACUAAUGCUUUCAUGGUUAAAAUAUUAUUGUUACAGCUUUGUGUACACAGUUAUUCAGCUAUCGUUGAAAGACUUUUGAGCCACUGUUCAGCACACAAGAAAGCAAUCGCCUGUUGAGUUGGGGUUAUAUAAUUGCAAGGUUAACUGGCACGGGUUACUGUUUUAAUAAUUGAAGCAGGAUAUGAUGUUGCACCACGUGCGCGGUCACUCUUAUGUAAAGUGGCAGUGUUUUCAUAUUUUCAAAUGCACAAAGUCAUGACAUUGUUAUUAAUUAUAAAACUUUCUUCUGCAGAUUACCACACAUUCUCGAUUGUUAUCACAAGCAAAUUCUCGGGCCAUAGCGUCAGCCGCUGGGUUUAAAGGUUCACAGUCUCGUUGUAUUAGCCUUCAGGAAUUUCAUACAGAGCAGCAAUUCAUCAAGAAAUUAGUGUAAGUGAAGUUAAUGUUAUACAUAUGGCGAAACAAUUAGGGUCUUGGCUAUAGGAUUUAAGGUUUUGAGCGUGUGCAUGCCAGUUGCCCAGAAUAGGUAAAUGCACUGUUCCUUACGCUUGUCAACAGUAGACUAUGCCUAUGAUUAUUUUAGUCAUCUGACUGGAGAUGUUGCUCGUACAAUUAGGGAUUAAUAGUACGAGUGAUGGCCCCGGCGGCACGUCCAAUUUUGGCAAAAAUUUCCAAACAUCACUCGUACUAUUAAUCCCUAGAUGUACUCUCCACCGCAUGAUUACCUAUACUAAUUUAUUUUUACCUUCUUCACUUUCAUGUAGAGAAUUCUUUGUUGCACUUGGUGGUGCUGAAGGACUUCUGCUUGUUCAAUGUGAUAAUGGUGAGGCGAACUUCAACCUAAUUGCUUGUUGUCGAUAUCUUGUUGAUGAGACCCGUCGUCGUACACUAGAAGACAUUGACGAUCAUGUGAAACCUAUCCACAUCAUCUUUAUCAUUCAAUUACCAAAGAUUGCUGGGGGAUGUCAACAUUUUGUAGGAUUUCAAGGUGGAAAGUGGCAGUCAGUUCAUAUUGACGAGCUUCUUGAAUCGAACGAGCAGCUUCCCCAGAUUGAACAGUUGGUAGAUCGCUCAGUAAGUGAUCUGUUUCAGCCAGCCUACCCUGCAAGAGGUGAUGUUAUUGAAGACAUGGAUGUUGAUCUUGAUACUAGUAUACUAAGUGGUAGCCAAGAACUAAAUGUGGAGAGCAGAGAGGUAAAAGAAAGAAAAAUGUCGUAUUUAGUACAAAACAAUGGACCAAACAGUUUAAUAUAACAAUAGAGUUGAUGUUCGCGGGCAUAAAUGUGUUUUUGGCCUGAUUCAGACCCAUAAAUAUGUUUUUGACUAAGGCCAAAAACAACCGGUUCUCAAAAGAAAAAAAGAAGAAUGAAAAAUAGUUCAUACAAUUUAUGAAGUGAUGUUUGAUAUAAAAAAGCUGGUUUCGUUUGUUAAAGACAAGCCAACUACGCGGAUAAACUUUAAUUCACUUUGUCACUGACACUAUACAUUACAAUGCCCGCUAAAGUUAUUAUAAUUGUUAUUUUAAUAUCAACGUUUGGACUAAAUAGUUACUCAUCGUCAGGAUGCUUUUCAUGUAUUUACCAUAUAUACAUAUACAGUUACUUGCCAGAAGUUUGAAUGCAAGCAGGCCUAAAAACUUCAAUAUUUUCCAAAAUUCCAUUACAGACCUCCAAUAAGUUGUUACAUGUUCAACUAUGCUUUUAGUUUAAUAACUGGUUAGCAUGGUUUCAUUUAAGCUGUUUUAAACCAAGGGCUUUUCUCUUUUUGUCAUUGGGAAGGCGGGAAAAGGCCCUGGGAUCGGCUGGUCACGUGACCUCAAAAUACCCACAUUUUGUGGGUAUUUUAAUUUUCAAUAUUGCGGCGCUACGUGUAGUGGACAAGUUUUACGUGUUACGGCAAAUAGGAAUUGCACUGAAUAUCGCCAACUUCACAUCUUUAAAUUUAAAGCCACUUCAAGUAAAGUGCUUGGAGUACCUUUUGGACGGUAAAGACGUGAUCUACAUAAUACCUUCGACUUCGUAUCGUUCUCAGUCACACUUAUUCCACAUGAAAGUUCCACUUUCUGACAAAGUUCUUGACUUAAUCCAGUUUUACUAAAUAUUUUGAUUACAUGCCGGCCUUCUUUAGAUUCGCAACAAAGCCUACAAACAGGAUUUCUUGCCGAAAUUUUGGUUGGCAUCUGUUUGUUUUCCGUGAGUUCAGCCGUUUAUUAACACAAUUUUGAAAUAAUUUAUAUAGAAAUUUGCGAAAGUUAUGCAUAAAUUUAAAAAUGCAUCUUACCAAUCAGAAGCCAGAACCGACCAGCCGAUCCCAGGGCCUUUUCCCGCCUUCCCAAUGACAAAAAGGGAAAAGCCCUGGGAACGAGGUUGGUUUUAAACAACAUGUAUCGGAUAAUAUUUAAAAGAAUGUUGCAAAUCCCUGUACUUUUGGGAUCUACUUUGCUCGAUUGGGCAAGAUUAUAAACCAAGAUCUUAACAAUUUUUCUGGGAAUUUUUCUCAUCCGAACAACAAUCGCUAGUUCAGCAAGUGUCCUUGCAUGCUCGAGGGUUUCAUUUGCUUAUUAAUUGCCUUCUGAUCUUGUCAACCAUCUGUACAAAUUCUCCAUUCGGUUGAGUUUAGGACUUUGUGCUUGCACCUUUAUGAUUGCUGCACAAAAGUAUUCCUUGCCGAUAGGUGACGGCAAACAUCACAAAUGCUUGAAUAGGAUUUUAUCAGACGAUUCGAUUAGGGAAAUGUGCUAACACGAGGAAACAGAAAUCAUGCAACAAGCUUUGAGGGGGCAGCAAAAUGUUCUGAACUCAACCAAAUGGAGAAUGUAUAGAUGGUUCACAAGAAAUACGCAACCAAUCCCGGAAGUAAGGACAUCUGCUGAACUAACGAUUGUUGUUCGGAAAGAAUGGGAAUAAAUUCCCAGAAACAUUAACUUUUUGGGCUUGUGUUCAAACUUUUCGCAAGUAAAUGUAGGUUCCUCAUGCAUGGUGGCUACAUAUUUGGGAUAGUCCAAACAUUGAUAUCAAAAUGAAAAUGAGGUAUAGCGUGUCCAUGAUUUUGUGUUUAUUAAAAUACGUACUGGUUAACCAAUAAAAAAUACGAUCACUAAAUUGUUGAAAAAUUAUGGAAAUCCAGAAUUCAACAAAGUGUUAAAAAUACCAACGUCCAAGGCGAAAUAUCCUAAACAAAGGUAGAAACGUUUUUAUAACAUAUUUAUUUAUGUCUGUAAUGUCUAUGUGUCCAAUUUUUACUAGGUACAGAAAGAUAAACAAGUAAAAAAUUUAGCUAUAUCUAAGGCUCGCGUAUUAUGUACUGUAUCUAAAGCGUAAACUAGAAGUAACUGUAUAAGAUGACCAACAAUUUCUGCGUUUUAUGCUCACCAUAUCGACUUAAGUUGUUCACCUCAUCUCUGUUCCCUUCGUAUAUUACCAAUCUACCUAAUUUUAGGAUUUUGAUGAAAAAGAAAUUGAUCAGCAAAAAAUUAAACCGACAUUAUUGUUGAAAAACUGUUUACAAGCUGCAGCAGCAAGAAUUUAUGAUGAGUCAGCUGAAGUCGACAGAGCCACAAAACGUAUUGAAAUAUUGCUGAAAUGGUUGCCCGAAGAUAAUUCACAAGAAACAGGUUUGUAAAUCGGUUAUAUUAUAUAUAACUGUUAUGGUUAUAUAUAGUUUAUAAAGACGUACAGGGAUAUAGUUCCAGCCAGAUUUGCUAGAGGAUGCUUAUCGAGCUUUGGUCGUGGUUCAGACACCAGUCUGUACUCUUGCAUUUCACAAUCAUACUAUUAUCUUUUUUGUAAUUGCCUUUCUAAAUACUAAAAAAAAUUUGAUAAGGAAAUUCGAAUCCCCCCAGUGCACCCCCCCCCCCCCCAGUAAACCCAUCCCUGAAGACGUAAUAACGUUCGAAUGUUACUGAUCACGUGUAAGAAAAUUGUCACUCUAUUGAAUAAGGUUAGUUUUAAUUUAAGAAGGUCAUAAAGGAGAUUUCGAUAAAAUAACGGCGUCAAAUUUUAGAUGGAAAAAUUUAGAUGGAAAACGCUCGAACCAUGUAUUCGUAUUUGUACAGUAACUACAGUCAGUUUCUUACUACCGUAUCAUAUAGAGAGGACACGUCCCUGUAUUGAUGUCACGUCCUGAAAACCUGUUAAUAACAUGCUUAGGCAAGCUAAGUAUACCCCCACAUACUUGCAUUGUAUGCCUCUGGGUGCCUUGGUAAAUUGUUAUAUAGUAAAUUUGGUUAUUUUUGGUUUGUUGUUCGUUGUACGUUGAUUUGGAAACAGGUUAUAUAUAGGAAUUGUUUUGUUAGGUGUUUACCGGGUUUUUGCUCCUUGGUUGCUUUAAUAUUUUGUUGGUAUCUGAGUUUGUUUAAAAUUAGCUGAUCCGUAUAGCUUAAAGUGAAAGUGCUUUUAUAACAUUAAAACCAAAAUCAAACUGGACAGCAACUAAAUUACAGUUUUAAUAUUUAUUUUUAGAGUUUUCCAAAAUUCUUGCCACCCGCGUUCACAAAUUACUCCAGCAACGAGACGAUAAAUGUCCUGAGAAUCAAAGACUAUGGCUACGACAUGAAGCUCUGCGUCAAGGACAUCUUCAGGAAACUGGAACAUUCAGAAAAGCGUUAUGGCAGAAACUUUCCUCGAUUGUUUCUCCAAUGUUAUCUGAAGUGAUUGCAUACUGUGAUCAAAAUCACAACCUCGAUUUGCUACGGGAAGAAAAGGAAUGGAAAACGAGAUUGUGGCUAACAAUGAUCAAUGAAGAAGUAAUUACGCCUCUAAGUUAUGAUUCUUUUACUUCUCCUGUAUCCGGUAGAGUAAGAGAAAGAGCUCGUGUUUCGAGUACUGGAGUUGGACAUCGUUUUAGUGCGAAAUUUCCGUUUUCAUGGAUUAUUAAAGAUACAGUCAACGUUCUUUUGCUGCAAGUUGGAGGUAGGUAUAUUUUGCAAUACAGAUGUUCGAUAUCAGACAUUUCAGGUAUUCAUAUAAAGGGAAUAUGAUACCGAUUUUAUCGGUUUUUGAGCCUUGUUGAUUAGAGAGGAAAAAUUAAUGUCUUUGUUGAAAUUUGAAUGAAAUUUGAAAUUUUGAAAAGGGAAAGCCUGUGACAAUUUCCACGAGAGCGUAGACAGAUAUGUUUUAAAUAACAUGAAAUUUCUACACAUUAACGUACCGAUCGUGUUUAUCCAGGAGCGAAAAAGGUAUUUAACACCAAUAUAUAGCUUAUUCCGUGAAAGGAUAAAUGUUGACAACCAUGGAAGGAAAGUUUUAUUUUUUUUAUUUGACACUAAUAUGAAAGAAAUCAAGAGGCCAAAAAUCAUAAGAGGACUCAAUUGUUAUUGAUUUGCAUGAAAAAAUAUAACCGUGCCUGUGGCAAUAGGUUUUUCACAAAUACUCAUGCGAGUUUACUUCUUCUUUUGUAUCAUUGUGUUAUGUUUUUUCUGAGUUUAUGUUAAUUUGUGCACGAUCACAGUGAUUGAGCUCAUUUUAUUUUCGUAUGAAGCAAUCGUCCUAUAUAGGGAUAGCUGAAGUGAAACGUGUAACAAUUAACAAUUAUUUGCCUAAGGCGAAUUGAUUACCGGUGAAUAUUCACCGAGACGAAGUCGAGGUGAAUAUUCACCGUAAUCUCUGAGCCUGUAUAAAUUUUUAACGAAUAAAACCAAAUAUCAGUUUAAUUAAAAUCCGUUUUAAUUAAAAACUGUUUUCGGCCAGUUUAGGGUUACUGUACGCUUUCAAAAUGGCUUCCUUUAUUACUUUAUUACAAAGUUGUUUUUCUCGAUGAAUCUCUGCUUAAAAUAUAAAACACAAUGAUCGAAUGACUUUUUCAUCAGACUUAUAGUUAAAAAUAGUUUCUGUUUAGCUUUAAUUUGUCCAGGAAAUGGCUGAGAAAAUUUGUAAAAUAAAGUUCGAAAACACAAUACAGCACAUGCAAUGAAAGCAUAGGCUAGUAUAUGAAAAGAAAAACUGCCGUACAAAUUGAGAUAUCUAUAGGAUACAAAACAAAAUGGUUUUGAUAAAAGAAUAUAUCACGGCAAGGAUUUUCCCAAGAGUCGGGAUAGGUUUUGCUAUUUGUUUGAAGUGAAAUGUUUCGGAGUUUUAAGUAAGUUUUAAACUGUCCAUGAAUAUGUUUUACACAGUAAAAUAAUAAAGAUUCCUACCUUUCAGGUUAAACACAAAAUUUUAUGCUUUCGUUUUCUGGGGACCAUUUUUUCAAUAUUUCGUCGAUUUUGAAACCAAAAUGUUCCAAAUCAUUUUUGAAAAGCAUUAUUUCAGUCUGCUAGUAAAUAUUGCGUCAGAUUUACUGGUCAACCUGUAAUCAGAACGCGCGAAAGCACAUUUGGUAUGCAAAGUCUACACUUUUCACUAAGUGUCCUGAGUCCAUAGUGACAAUCGAACCCACAAUCACAAUGGUGAGGAGUCAGUGGUUAAAGGCACUUGCUUGAAAUGGCGGCACCAAACUAGCUAUAAAUACGUUGCUGCAUAGCAUGCAAAACUUGUGUGGCGUGAGACUUUUUAAUUUUAUUUCUUUUAUCAUUUAUAGCCGAUCCUUCCAAGACAAUAAUCUCAUUAAGAAGUGUUUUUUACUCAUCACCACUUGGGCAAUUAUUAAAGCCUACAUUUGAGGAUAAAAAUAUUAAAGGAGAAGCAGCAAUGAACUACUUGAAUGAUUUCCUACAUAUGAUGUACAAACCUAUAGUGGAGGGUGAAUUACAGGUACCUAUGUAGCAAAGAAUGGAAACUGUCGACUUGUGUGCAUGAUGCAACUAUGCCUGAAAAAUAAGCUUCGGGCAAAAGGCCUUCGUCUGAAGGUUAGCAGCGUGAGUCGGGAAGAACGCGUUAAAACUAAUUAAUGAUUUAGCUAGCUCAAAAUGUAUAAUUUUAUUUUCCACGUCGGUGCAUCAUUUAUAUUAUACAGAGUGUGCAAUCGACAGAAUAAAAUUUUGUUGAAAACGCCCUGAGAGCCAUAAAUAUGUUAUGACAGUCUUGUUGUUUCUGUCGCGUGAAAAUCCCACAGAUCCCACGAAUAGACCGCGCCAGUCCGUAAGCUGAUUCUCUGUUUUUAAGAGCCAAAUGCUGAUUUGUUAAUCGCUUGGAAAUCGAAUUCCUGCUCGGGUUCGAUAUAUAUAUAUAUAUAUAUAUAUAUAUAUAUAUAUAUAUAUAUAUAUAUAUAUAUAUAUAUAUAUAUAUAUAUAUAUAUAUAUAUAUAUAUAUAUAUAUCGAACCCGAGCAGGAUAUUGCAAAACAAAACGCUCGACGUGGGAUUAAAAUCUCGUAAAAUUAUAGAAAUAUCAUAAAAUCAUUAGAAUUAAUAAUUUGAGUUAAUAAUCUGAGUCAGUUAAUGUUUAUUGCCAGUAAAAGUGGCAAGCCUACACGCCAACUUGGCAAAAAGGUAUAAUAAUGGUAUGUACAAGAAAAGACAACAAACUAAAAUACAAAAAUACAAAGCGGCAUGCCAGCGGGAGGAGCUUUAUAUGUCUCUUAUACGUAGGUAAAAUCACCGGAAUUUCCUUCUCCGCCAAGUCCCGCCUUAAUCUGCCACAAUCCAAUCUAACUAUUUCCUAGGCUAGUUUUAGCUUAUCAGUAUAAUUUAGGCUUGACAUAAAACAACAUAUUUCCGUAGGAAAUAUUUUUAUUUAUGCAAACGUCCGAGCACGCAUAAAAUUAAUUGGAAAUCAUGCAAAGAAAUCGCGUUAAUUUUUGAACUAACAAAAUGGGAGAAAAUCCAGGUUUUGAAGAUCUCGCGUUGGCGUACGCGUGCACCAAAUUUCUUGAAACUGAUAGCUUGUGCAAGACAGUCCAUAUUUGGACUCUGUGUGAUUAAAUUUUGUUUCUGAUGAAACAUUUUUUGCGCAAGUCCUUCUUUUUUGGGGGGGGGGUGGUUAGUAAAGGCUUUCCUACUUUAAAAACACUAGCAUUAAAAAUAACUUUAGCCUAGAUGUACCAGAGAACGUUAAAAUACGUAGGCGUACUGAAAGUUUUCGCAAAUGUCGCGCGCAUCUUUUUGCAGCUGUGUAUUUUUUUUUGUACACCCUGUAUAGUUGCUGGGUUCUAGCCUAGGAAGUGAUGAACGUUUUCACGAGCUUGGUUGAAGGCUUUACUUUCUGAAAAAUAAAAAAAACGACGUUUAAAAUAAAUAUUUCGAAAUUAGCUAGCUAGUUCUAUAUAUCUGUUUGGUACAUGAUACGCCGAACGUGAAUAUUACGAACAUGUGCUCAUGAAUGUGCGGAAAAUACCCCCAUGCACCAUGUAGGCCUGCAGGUCAUUUAAUACCAUGCAAGGACACAUGCAGAUUUCGAUUUUCAAGUCACCGACUCUUUUAUUUGCAAUUAUAAAUGCUGGGCAUUGAUUUUGCAAUGAUUUCACAAUCAUCACAUGAGUAUUGUGAUUCACAAUCUUUCUAAUUAAGAACUUGUAAAUUCAUCAUAUAGAACAAUGUAUUACGAUGUUUCUAAUUUAAUUAUAAAAUCACCGAAUAGUUCUGUAGAAACGCCAGCUGCUCGAUGCUAUUUUAAAACCUGUUUCUAUGGUUUUCAUUGUCAGGAUUCAAUAGUUAUAAAUCGAACAAUAGUUAUAAAAUCGAGCAACACUUGCUCGAAUGGUUAUAUAAUGCGACCUUCGAAUUACUACAUUGAUGCUCUACCAACUGAACUAUAUAUAUAUAUAUAUAUAUAUAUAUAUAUAUAUAUAUAUAUAUAUAUAUAUAUAUAUAUAUAUAUAUAUAUAUAUAUAUAUAUAUAUAUGUCUUGUUUGUCGAUGCUGACACGUAUCUGAAGAGUGCUCAAUGCAGGUAAGAUUUUGCAGAGCAAAACUAUUAUUGGUGUAGACUAAGACAUGAUAUCUGAAGAUAAUUUAAUAAAACCUAAACCUAUUUAUGAUAAAAGUUACUCGAGUUUCACGCACAAAGGCGAUCAUCAGACUAAAGUGCUUUUACGGUGGAUUGAUAUAUAUAUAGUUCAGUUGGUAGAGCAUCAAUGUAGUAAUUCGAAGGUCGCAGGUUCGAAACCUAGCCGCGGCGGGCAGAGGUUUCUACUUGCCUGUCCGGAAAUAUGAUGUAUCUUACUCGAGAACAUUUUCUCCUAAUCGUAUUACCAAGUGAACAAUAACUCAACAUAGUGUAUAUAUAUAUACACAUAUAACUCUAUUAUGCAUAUAUAUUAUGGAACUCUAUGUACUAGAUAAAACAUACCUAUAUAUUGAAAAUUGAGUUUGUCUUGGUCUUUUGUGCUGUUUAAAACGAUUGUUUUGGUUAAAUAUUUUUUGCAAGCUUUGUUAAAAAAACAAUUCGGACUCUCCGCAUGUAUCCGCGCGAAAUCCUUUUCCACAUGGGAUUGGGAUGGGCCAAACUGGCCUUAUAAAUCCGCCAUUUUGUGGAGACAAACAAAUUUUUCGCUGAGAAAAGUGCUGAGUGCGCAUUUUAUAUCUAUUAUUUCUUCCAUUUUCGACACACGCCCUUUCGACAAUAACGUCACAAAUAAUUUUUUUGUUUUUGAACCUCUCUCUAUCAUGAAUCAAAACUGAAUGCUAUUCGCUCACAAUUGGUCAGAAAAAAAUACACUCUUUCGAUAAUUACGCCAGAAAUGCCUGCUGAUUCACCGGUUGCCUUUAAAUAAGGCAACCAAUUUACUCAAAUUUAAAUUACUUGCAAAUGUCUAAUCCCCAGUUUAUUUGCUCUUCCGCAGUUGAUAUGCGAUGCUGUGGUUGCAGCUGCGGGAAAACUACAUCAGUCGCUGUAUGAAAACGAUGACGUUGAAAUGGAUAUUCCUUUAAUUCAUUUUACCUACUCCUUAAUCCAAGCUCGUUUGGUAAACUUUUCUGAACUUGUUCAUGCUUUUCCUAAUCUGGUUCAAACAAUAUUGAGAAAACGUGAUCAAUUGGAUGUUGGUGAAAUGGUUAGUACCCAUCAUAGUAAAACAGUAACGAAAUUGUUUUUUUAAUUGUAUUAAUUUCUGUUUAUUCGGUGUAGCUAUUGGUGAUGUGACUUAUAUUCUUUGCAUGGAUAAUGGACGUUUUCAAUACUAGUGUAUGCUGCGACGCACUCUUAAAAGAAAGUGUGCUAAAGCAAAACACCUUUUAUGUCCAGAAAACAACACACCUUAAGGUGUGUUACAGUAGCACUCCUUUAGGUGUGUUAUUGGCUUGUCCAGAAAACAACACACCUUUAGGUGUGUUUUGAGAAAAGGUGUGUUUGUUAGCACACCUUGGUGUGUUUGUUAGCACGCCUUGGUGUGUUGCUGUAACACACCUUUAAGGUGUACUGCUGUAACACACCUUUAGCAAAUAAAGUAUAUGGAUUAAUUUGACGAGAAAAACUCGCUGACAAUUUCUCGCUACAUUCGAUAGCCGCGUUUGCGAUUCAACAAUAAGAACCCGAUAUACUGGUAAUAUACAGCAACCUGACUUGGCAACAUACGAAUGAAAAAGCGCAUCAAGCAGCUAAAUCUUGUGAUGAUUUUACACGAAAUUGCAGCUCAUUCACCAUACGAAUUUGUAUAGCAAAUACCGCCCUAAUUCUACAGUAUUUGAAUAAAUAAAUACUGUAGAUUGGAAUAUAGGUUAGAGAUCUUUGCAUGGGAUAUUUCUGUGCCUUUAUGAAAAAUGUGUAACUUGAAAAGGUGUGUUUGUUCCAAAGGCGUGCUUAACUAGCAAAUCUUUUUUGAAGGUGUGUUACAAAAGCACACCUUUCACCAAAAGAUGUGCUUAAUUUAACAGCGUGAAAGGUGUGCUAUUUUAAGGUGUGUUAUUGAAAAAAGGUGUGCUAUUUUGGGGCACAAAAAAAGAUGUGUUAGUAGAAAAAGGUGUGUUAUUGGAGAAAGGUGUGCUAUUUUAAAAGGUGUGUUAUCUUCCAAAGGUGUGCUAUCUUUCAAAGAUGUGUUAAUUGAGCACACCUUACCCUUACUCGAAAGGUGUGUUAGCUAAAGGUGUGUUACAGAACACACCUUUUGCGUACACUGUGUUCUGCUCAGCACACCUUGAUGUGUUUUGUAGCACACCUUGGUGUAUUUUGUAGCACACCUUUGUGUGUUCAGUGACAAGAAAACACAUCUUGUGUGCUAUUUUAGCACACCUUGUGUGUUCAAUAACACACCAAGGUGUGUUGUUUAGCACACCUAUUUUUAAGAGUGCGUGAUUAUACCUGUAUAAAAAUUACAAAAUUUCAUACUUGGUCUAUAUGCAUGUUUCAAGUCUGGCCCCUGACUCAAAAAAGGUACAAUUUUUUGGUCUUUCUAAAACAAUACUAAAUCCCAAACAUCUAACAUUUUAAAGACACCUGUUACACCGUGAAUUUAUCGCAAUUUUCAUGGAGAGCCAACGUAUUCUUAAGUUAGAGUUAUAAACCAUGAAGCUUUUGCUAUAUAUUUUGUUACUCAUUUAAAUCCAUUUUCAGUACUUGGAUUCAUAGUUUUUAGUUUUAAGCAUCGGGCCGAAAGCGGACUUAUAUAUAGCCUCAUUAAUAUCAUUAUCGAGACGUACUGUAAGCAUAUUAAGCAAAAUCGCUGAUUCCUUCUGGUUGCCGCUUUUGAAUUUGCAUGCUUAGGCAAUAUAUACUUGGUUGUUAUUGGUUGUGACUGAACGAGACUAAAUCCCGAAUAAAUUGAAUGUCGAUACAUGCAUGUCUUUUGUGCAUCAUGUUAAUUAAAGCGGGUCUUUCAAACUUGUAGCUCGAUCGAUCGUAGCGAAUAGUUAUACUCAUAUCCGCAAAUAUUUCUCGUUGCAAGAUUCGAAUAGAAGAUGGGUUCCCCACGCUUUUCUCAGAUAUAGAAAGAAGUGUGAUUAAAUGACUCCAUGCAUGUAUACAGUUUAUUCGUUGAUGUUUUGCAGACCUCGAUCAGCAAUCAGCUAUAAGUCACAAUAUUCUCUACAUGAAUAGGGCAAUGUACAAUGAAGUGGAAAUAUUUCAUCUAUCAAAACGAAAAAUGCACGAAAUUUACCGUAAUGUAGUCGCCCAUAUCACUAUGACAGGUUACCAAUGUAGGUAUAAUAACUCUUCACCACAUGCAUGUAAAGUUAGUUUCCCCAUGCAUGUAUAACACUUAGUGAAACCCACAUAACAGAUUGUGCACUUGGAUGCAUAAACAUGCAGCCAUGCCGUAAAACACAAUUUUUAUUUUUGGAGGAGAGGGGUUCUGGGUUGUGAAGAGUCCAUUUGUGUUAUGACAAGCAUCAUCCCUACUCAUAUGCCACACCCUAUUAGCUGCACACUUUCUGAACUGGCUGCAUACUAAUAAUCUGACCAAGAUUCACUUGGACAGUCCUUACCCUGACCAAUCGGAGCCCAAAACCCCUACGCUAGUCUACCUACAAUGUUUGUGACUUUUGCACUUGAAUGUGCUUCCUUGUACUUUUAACUGUUCCAGAAUAAUGUCCUUGAGAUCGGUUGGCAAUAACAGCAUCCCUUUGUACAUAAUCAUCUACUGAAUUAUAUAUCCCAAUACAUGUCUAUCUAUAUCUUUCCAUGAGAACAGGUAUAUUGUAGACAUAAGAAUGUUAUUACUGCAUUCCCUAAUAUUAUAAACAUUAAUUAUUAAUUAAAACUGUAACUGAUUUUUUUUUAUUAAUUUUACACCCAGUGAAGGUAAGGAGAGGUGGAUGUUACUCUGUCGACAGCUCAGAAUAAAUUACGUUAUUUUGCAUGAACUCGUGCAUGUUAUGUGCCAAUUAGGAUGAACAGAGUCGUACGAGGUUUUCAAUUGGUUUGUUGACGUGAAUGUGUGCUAGCUGGCAGAAGAUGAUCUUUGACGUAAUAUAUAAACAACUCGAGCUUGUGUCUCACCGGGAUAUCCAAAUCUCAAAUGAAUCGAGACGUAACAGAAUGUUUUCGUUUGCUGAUUUGAAUAGAAUUCUUAACCAAUCAUAACGUAAUUAGGAAUUCGAUGCAAGUAAUUUUGCAUGCGUAAUUAAGAUAUUUGAUGAAAACACUAGUGACUUUCAUCAAGUAUCCAAAUGGCAUCUUGUGAUCAAAUAGGUGAUUAUCAUUGGCUGAAUUGCUCAUGAAUUAUUACUGAAUUUGAGAACUAUCUGUCACGAUCUUUGACCUAACUGUCAGAGAUUAGGUUGAUAUAAACCAUAUCUUCUUCAUCUUACCAUCACACCUUGUGUCAUUAACUUAAAUUUAUAUAGGGUAUAAAUUUGCUUAUAUAGUUAUGCUCUGGCUAGAUACUCGCUUUCUGUGCACCUAUAAUACUGGCCUGGGAAUGGAAUUUGCCGAGGCAAGCAAUAAUUUGAUUUUCGCCAUAUCAUAACAAAUAAUCUGCAUACAUAAGUUGCUUUAUAUGUCACUUUAGGUCGCAUUAGCAUAUAUUCACUAACGUAACCAAUCUGAACUUGGAUUUUGAUGAAAGAACAUUGCAUAAAUGAAUAUAAGUCCUGCUUUCAUCCUCAGAUGCACCGUCAACUAAUAAAAUUUCUAUUUGGAACAUUGCAUAUUAAAAACAUGAAAAAUGGCCUGCCAGUAAUCGUACAUUAUAAACAACAUAUUUGUUCGCGUCACCUAAAAAAUGAAAGAAAACAAACCAAUCAUAUAUAUGACUAUGACAAAAUUAGCGCAAUUAUAUUAUUAAGUAAGUCUGCAUGCACACAGUGGACCAAUCUGGCAAAGCAAGAAUUAACAAAGUUUGGCUGAACAUUUCUUACACGCGGCUCUAUUGCAUCAGAAUUAGUAAAAUUGCAAAGUUUAAAGGCAAAAUAUUGUAAAAUAAGGAUAAUAUGCCUUUACAUGCAAAAUUUUGAUAUGCUGUUUUGACACUUUAAUAGAACUGCAUAAUGCCUGCUAAUUAUUUGAUAUUUAGUAUUGGUAAUCAUGCGAUGGCGAGUACAAUUAGGGAUUAAUAGUACGAGUGAUGUUUGGAAAUUUUGCCAAAGGGGCGAGGGCGAGUCCAAUUUGGCAAAUUUCCAAACAUCACGAGUACUAUUAAUCCCUAAUUGUACGAGCAACAGCGCAUGAUUACUUUUUUAUUAUUAGCAUGACAAAAUUGGAUAUUUCUCGAUGUCAACAUCAUAUUCUCUCGCCAAAGCCCAGUCCUGCCAGACUUUCAACCAAAACUUUGUGCUUUUGUUCGUAUUUUCAUUUAGUUCUUUUGUUAAAGCAAAAUUUGGUGCUUUUGUUAAUAUUUUCAUCUAGUUCCUCUGGGGCAAUUUCAGUUCACGUUUGUGUUUAAAAUACCUUUCCGCCAUUUUGUUUGUUUUGGGAAAAUCAUUAAUUGUACUGCAGUACAGUUAAUGAAAUAAUUGUACUCCUCUCAACCAAUCAGCAUCCAGUAAUUUUGUCAUGCCAAUAAUAAAUUAUGUUAAUUUUGGUCACGUGUUGUUUGUUUUAAUCAUACGAUCGAAAAUCGAAGGACAAAAGGGAACAACGACUAUUUUAACAGCCAAAUAAUAGAAUAAAAGUGUAUUAAAACUUGUACGAAAUAAACCUUAGAUCAGUGUCCGUGUCUUUGUGUUGCGAAGAUAUAUGCUGUAUACUUUUAUAUUAGAAUGUUAGGGUUUCUAAUCCAUUUGAUUAGAUUACAAACCCUAACCUUCUAAUAUUAAUUCUAAUACUAAUUCUAAUAUUAAUUCACCAAGUGAAGUGCAGGAAACCAAAUCUAAUCCACCUGUAUACUUUUAUAUUGCGGAAGCUAUUUUUUUGCGGAAGCUAUUUUUUUGCGGAAGCUAUUAUCCUACCAGGUUGGCAAAUACUUGCUUCUGCGAUAUAAAAAUAUAUCUAAAAUGCGCAAACAUCGCAAGACCAUGUUAUCCCUAUCGUAGGUUUGAAACGCAUUUCAUCUAUUUUGACAUUUUACCAUUCUUAAUUGUAAGACGGCCUAAGUCAGAAAUUCACUUCAUGAUUCUGACGCUUUAAUACAUUUUUUGCUUAUUUCAUUGUUCACUUGCAAUACUUUUAGAUUCUGGAUGUGGUAGCACUUGAGUGUUGCUUGCAGCAAUUGGAACCAAAACCUAGAGAUCUGGGAAACGCUGACAAUAGAUUGGUUUGGUGUAACCGAGUUCAAUGCAUUCGUCCUAUCAUACAAGUUAUGAAAAGUUUGAUUCCAAGACCGUCGCAACAGAUAGCAAAAGGUGACAGUGAGGCCAGGUUUAACGCACAACUUUUUGGAGAAAGAUCUACUCGUUAUUUACAAAACUGCAGGUGUGUACUUAUCCUAUCCGGCCAUCAUACAAACGGCCCCUCCGUGUCACAUCGCUGUUUCUGGAGUGGUCAUUUGUUUUUGAAUACCUAAUGGUACACAACUAUUCACCAUAAACCCCUAUUAAUGUAUGUCCUGUAAUACAAAAAGGUUUUCAUGAAUAUAAUGGACCCACCCCUGACGAAGACACUGGACUGGAGUUUUGAACGGUUGGAUCGUGAAUGAAUUUCGACUCAGCUUUGAAUUAAUUUACUUUAAGAGCAUAGUGGCGAGCGACAACAUAUAGUACAUGAUGAUCCUAGGCCAUGCAUUGCAUGAUCUACUUUCAGAGAUCUAAACCGAUGAGAGCCAAUUUGUCCACACUACUGCAAUUAUAGUUAUAAAUCCAAGCAGAAGAUUUUUUGCAAGUCUGCCAAAGAGAAGACAGGAAACUACAUCUGAUAUACACCUAGAAUUAAUGAGGUCGGGAAUCUUCGAGUUAAGCCCCUCGAGUUAAGCCCCUCGAGUUAAGCCCUUUUCGAGUUAAGCCCCGACCACGCCCUGUUUUGCUAUGACCACGCCCUUUUUCCAAAAGGGCUUAACUCGAAGAACGAAACACGAUUUGGGUCAUUCGAGUUAAGCCCCGGGGCUUAACUCGAAGUUUGACAAAAAAGUUGUUGCUCGAGUUAAGCCCCGACUUUUGAAGUAUGUCAACGAGUGCAAUAUUAAAUUGUUAAAUUUUCAAUACAAAAAAGCCAAAGGCAAAGCACAGAAAUUUUCCCAAAAAGAACUUGUAUAUCACUAAUGUAAUACGAUUAUCUAAAACAAUCACAACUAUUAUCGUUAACAAUAUUUUAAGUUUUUCAUAUUAAAAUUAAUAUUAAAUUUAACAACACUCAACAGGUAAUUACUUUUAGUUGAUCAUUUAUCCACAACAAAACAACAUAACAAUAUUUUAAUUAUAAAGUAAAUAGAAUCCUAACUCGUUCCUUUUGUUUGAAUAUGCACAAUAUCGACAAAUUAACAGUUUUACUGUAACAAAAAAGGUACAACCUUUCCCAUCACCUAGAACAAAACUAAUCUAUUAAGAAAAUGAUCGAAAUUGACAGCACGUAAUAACUAAAGAAAAAGAGAGGAAAGGGAAGGAAUUUCGGUAUAGAAUGAUCUGUCUUUGACAACUUGCGCCCAGAGACUCACGCCUCAUACGCAUAUGUACAGUAAUUUUAUUGGGACUAGCUAACAGUCGUGGGUCGUGGGUAGAAUGUCGUGGGUCGUGGGUAGAAUGUCGUGGGUCGUGGGUAAAAAGGCGUGGGUCGUGGGUAAAAAGGCGUGGGUCGUGGGUAAAAAGGCGUGGGUCGUGGGUAAAAAGGCGUGGGUCGUGGGUAAAAAGGCGUGGGUCGUGGGUAAAAAGGCGUGGGUCGUGGGUAAAAAGGCGUGGGUCGUGGGUAAAAAGGCGUGGGUCCCGAGAAAAAAGUCGUGGGUCCCGAAUAAGAAGUCGUGGGUCCUGAGAAAAUGCCGUGCGUUCCGAGCAAAAUAUUUCUAUAUAUUUAUUUUUCUCCCUUUGGAAUGCGUGUUUUUUUUUUCUUCUGAGGCCUUCCCAAAUAUACAUAGUCUUAGAGCGCGUUAAGGCUGGGUUUUUGAUAUCCGCAGAUCGGUUUAUAAAUAUUAUAAUCGAGUGUGGAUGAAACAGUUCAACUUCACGCCCCAUAUAGCUCAAAUAUUUGGACUUUAUAAUCUUACAGACAGAUAAAUUAAUUACUGUAAUUCUUCAAUAGGAAUGUAGCUCAAGGGCCACAUGUACGAAAGCUGAAUAUUGCUAUCCACUAGAUAUAGUCAAAUUUUUAUAACCGGCAAUGGCAUAAUAUGUUUUCAGAGCUAUAUAUGGAACUGCGGAGUAUAGUUAACCAUUUAAUGAAAUAAUAUGACAUUUGACUUAUAUAUGGUCUUCAUGUACUAUACAAAGAAGAUCGCCGGUCUGCAAAAUAGUGAUGCAUCGAUAUCCAUAUCGGUAAUUUUGUUGUUGAUAUUACCGACAUCGUCGUAAACAUUACAAGAAAAUAUAUCUCCGAUGUCUAUCCUAAACGAUUUAUUUAACACUGAGAUGUGGAAUUGUAGGGAAAUAGGGAGAUAUUUUGGUUUCUGAAAUAUCGCAAACUACAAACGGAACAAACCUUGCAUGUAAACAAUUCUCGGACUGUUAUUAAAUGAGCGCCAUGAAAUUUCCAAAUUCUAACUUGCCAUUGACUUCGCUGAAACUUGAUGCUCAAGCAAUAUAUAGAAGUAUACCUCUCUGUUAUCAAACAUACGGUAAAAUAAUCAGACAAAAGCCUACUGAAAGAUAAGUCAAAGCAUGAAUGUUACAAAUACUGUAUGUGACUGUAUAUUUGUAACUUAUGUUUGACAUUAGAAAAUCCAAAGCACAUAAUAAAUUUGACACUAGGAUUCACUACUGCAACAUGGUUAGAUACUAAAUAUGUUAUUUAAGUGAAAUCUCUCAAAUGCUUUUUUAUUUUUCCCUAGUAAAUUAACAGAGAUUGCAUUACAUUAACACUGUGACGUCCAAGUGAAAAUUUCUCGCUUUAAUAUUACUUUAAGAACAUCAAUCAACAAAUUAGUGAAGCCCUGAAGUAUUUCCUAUUGAAGAAUUACAAUAGUUAUCUGUCUAUAAGAUUAUAACGUCCAAAUAUUUGAGCUAUAUGGGGCGUGAAAUUGAACUGUUUCAUCCACACUUGGUUAUAAUAUUUAUAUAAACAGAUCUGCCGAUAUCAAAAACCCGGCCUUAACGCGCUCUAAGACUAUGCAUAUUUGGACAUAGUUUGGGAAAAACUCAGAAGAAAAAAAACACGCAUUCCAAAGGGAGAAAGGUAAAUUUAUGGAAAUAUUUUGCUUGCAACCCACGACUUUCUCAGGACCCACGACUUCUUAUUCGGGACCCACAACUUUUUACCCACGACCCACGACUUUUUACCCACGACAUUUUACCCACGACAUUCUACCCACGACCCACGACCCACGACUGUUAGCUAGUCCCAUUUUAUUAGCCAAAUGAAUGGUUAUGAAUCACGAGUAAAAUACCCAAAUGUAACAAUUUAUCCCCGUAAUAAUGGCGCUACGUCGCCAUUUCAUUUAUAAAAUUACUAAUCGCUCAGCAAAUAUGGGAAUAUUUGCUGAGCGAUUAGUAAUUUUAUAAAUGAAAUGGCGACGUAGCGCCAUUAUUAGGGGGAUAAAUUGUUACAUUUGGGUAUUUUACUCAAAUGUAACAAUUUUCCCCCGUGAUAAUUUGUUUACCCAAAUGAAACAAUUCGUGAUUCGUAACCAUUUGCCCAUUUGGCUAAUAAAAUUACUGUACAUGUGCGUAUGAGGUGCGAGUCUCUGGGCGCAAGUUGUCAAAGACAGAUCAUUCUAUACCGAAAUUGCUUCCCUUUCCUCCCUUUUUCUUUAAUUUUUACAUGCUGUCAUUUAAUUCGAUCAUUUUCUUAACAGAUCGAUUAGUUUUGUUCAAGGUGAUGGGAGAAGGUUGUACCUUUUCUGUUACAGUAAAACUGUUAAUUUGUCGAUAUUGUGCACUUUGAAGCAAAAGGAACGAGCUAGGAUUCUAUCUAUUUUAUAAUUAAAAUAUUGUUGUGGAUAAACAAUUCACUUAAAGUAAUUACCUGUUGUUAAAUUUAAUAUUAAUUUAAUAUGAAAAACCUAAAAUAUACCUAAAAAUAAAAUACGAUAAUAGUUGUGUUUGUUUUUGAUAAUCGUAUUACAUUAGCGAUAUAUAAGUUCUUUUGGGGAAAAUUUCUGUGCUUGCCAUGGCUUUUUUGUAUUGAAAAUUUGACAAUUUAAUAUUGCACUCGUUGACAUACUUCAAAAGUCGGGGCUUAACUCGGGCAACAACUUUUUUGUCAAACUUCGAGUUAAGCCCUGGGGCUUAACUCGAAUAACCCAAAUCGUGUUUCGUUCUUCGAGUUAAGCCCUUUUUGAAAAAGGACGUGGUCUUGGCAGAACAGGGCGUGGUCGGGGCUUGACUCGAAAACUCGAAAAGGGCUUAACUCGAGGGGCUUAACUCGAAGGGCUUAACUCGAAGAUUCCCGACCUCAGAAUUAAUAUCUAUUUGUUCAUGGAUAGAAUAUCUCAAUAUACACGCCGCAAUAGUACUAGGUCAGGGAAAUGACGUCAUUUGUGCAUCUACCUUCUAAUAGAUCAUGGCUGUUGACUAAUUAAAAUAAAUUACGAAGCCUUUGCAUAAUUGCAUUGCUAAGGGUCGCGAGUUAUCUGACGCCUUGCGAAUGUAUGUUUGUUCAAACGUUAUAGCACAGCAGAUGUAUAAAAUUGUAUCUUUUGUCGAGUGACAUACUGUACUCCUAUCAUCUAUAAGCAUUAGGUUAAGCAUUUUCCGACUUAAACUGACAUUGCUUAUUCCUACGAGAUAAAUGUUUGAUUUCAUGUGAUUGUUAAAUGAAACCACUAACCAUGUAAACGUUUCAAUUUUGCAAAACCUGCAUGAUACAGGAACGUAUUUCUCUUUAUAGAACCACGUGGAUUCGUCUAGAUGUUGUACGCAUGUUUAUUGAACAUACAUGUCCACCUGGACAGUCAACCCAUCCAGCAGAUGCAAAGAACGCUUUUCUACUGUCAAAGGUAAAACCUAAUACUUUUCUCUUUGUUUUGGAAACACUAGAGUAAAACUAUUAUAACUGCGUUAACACAGAAGAAAAUGUUACUGUAUGUUUCGUAGAAAUGAAUGAGUGAACUAUUGAAAUUGUUGCAUGCACAAAACUUGCACAACACUGAAAAAAUAAUAUAAUACAUUUCGAUGUUAGAAAAAGCCAUUAAAAUUCCAGACAAUGCGCAGAAUAAGUGACGCACGCACUUAAUUACAGAUUAUACACAAGUUAUUCAAGUUAAAAUUGCGUUUGCAUAAAUGUGUACAUUCAUCAUUGUUAGAUAAGACUUCAGCAUGCAUAUCUUUUUCAGAAUUUCCCUGGGAGCCACGUUAUCCUGUACACUGACGUCAAUCUCAGCAAUUACCCCAUAGCUCAUGAAAAUUAUGCGGUACCAGACCUAUUGUGGCAGAUACGUAUAUAGGUUAAAUUCAACAGUUGAGGGCAUGUUUUUUUUAACUAUCUGGCCAGGUUGACCCAAUUGGCACCUGUUGAGAUUUCUACAACAAAAGUUCUUAAAAUAUUGUAUAAUGUGCAUGCCUACAAGAUUUUAUUUAAUUUUGCAGGCUUUAAGAGAAAAUACUGACUUUUCAACUGUUCAUACUAUGACGGUAAUUGAGAGAUUCUUGAAGAGUUGCAGCGAUGGAAUGAGGGAACGCUUAAUCAGGUAGCUGUUAAAUACUCAAAAGAACAAAUUUGGUAUCACAUAUUUUGAGUGUAGCGUAGGUUCUUAUGCUAAGCUGAGGAAGGGCUUCACCAAAACUUUUGAUACGCUUUUUUAGAUUUGACAUCAGUCAGUGUGAGAGUGUGAUAAAACACAAUGCCUCAUAAUAUAACAAACUAUAGUUAAGAAGAACAAAUUCGGCAUCACAUAAUAAUUAGAAAAAGUUUCCAUCAAAGACUGUUUUCAGUGUAGCGUAGGUUCUUAUGUUAAAGAUGAAGAAAGGCUUGACCAAAACUUUUGAUAUGCUUUUUUAGAUUUGACACUAGUCAGUGUGAGAUUUGCAAGAGUCCUCUUCAAGACCCUGUUCAAAUGCCAUGCGAGCAUAUAUGCUGUAUGUCUUGCGCAAAUGGUUGGUUUCAGGAACAUAACGUAUGUCCCAUAUGCAGGAAAGAAGUUGGUGGCAACUUCAAAGUUAAAAUCAGUGAAAAAUGCAGGUAAAGUGGAUUACUUGAUUUUAUCUUUAUUGUUUUUCUAAUGCAAUCAGUAACUAUCAUGUAUGUGCUGGGCACAUCCGCAUGCGUGCUAUCUGGCCAGGCUGUAAAUCGCCUUUGCACUAACUGGGGAAAAACGGUAGCUUCCCUGCAUACCAUUGACACAUCGAAUCCUACGCAUUCCUAGGGCUAAAACCCUUGACGCUCUACUGUUGACUGGCUGUCACACCCCGAACCCCCGCCUGUACGGUACAUCUAGUGCGGUUGGCUUACACGCACGACAACGAUUAACUGUCAUGGUAUUCAUUUUUAACUUAUAAUUUGCGUUGAACAUGAUUUCAGUUUUUGUGGUUCGACAUAUUUUUAUUGUGGUUUUGGGUUAAUUUAAAGUGCUACUGCAGCGAAUUUUUCGACCCUAAUUUUUUUAGCUUGAUUAAAAGUGCUUUUCUUCCUGACCUGUUUACCACAAACAGAUUUGAAAUUGGUGAAUUCAAACCGAUUUUAUAGCCUUCCAAAGUGGCUAUUUUUGGCACUUCCUGUGCGAACUUUUGAUCGGCCAUGUUGAUGCCAUGUGACGUCAUAAGAUGAACACGAUUUCAUCAUGGCGUAUUAAAAUUAUGGUAAAACCAACAAACGCGGAGACGAAGGCCAUGUUUCUGGCAGUUCUAACUUAGAUUAUUGCACAAUUCUGAACAGCCUGAAGGAAUACCCAUGCAUCUAUUUCCCAACAAAGAAACAGAUCCACAGAGUGAAAGAAAGUUAGUGAAUUUUAUCCGUAAACAUUGACCGCGGGUUUUCACGCAUCUGCGAACGGCGAACCUAUAGUGUUUUGAUUGAGCCCGUUUUGAAGAUUCGUGCUAUAUCUUAUUUUCAUUGACAAAACCUCGUAAAAUGGAAAGAAUACUGAAGGAAGAAACUGUUUAUACAAUUUACAUGGCUAGAAUUGUUCCCCGCUAAAGUACAACUAACAGACGCAAGGCAAAUAAUUCAGGUAUAUAGUGAAGUACAAAUUAAUAUGUUCGCACACAUGGUGAAUAUUUUGCGCAAAUGAUGCUAUAUAGUUAGUCUAAAGUGUUUAACAUUUCUUAUGUUUUAGAUCAAUUGUGGUUGUAAAAAGACUGUCUCCUGUUAAGUUAGUUUCUUGUCCAGAGCAUCUUGAGAUUGAAAUAAAGACAACAAUUCAGCAUGCCUUGACGUAGUUUCGUCAAGACGUCUGAUGACAAUUUGAGAGAAACGAUGCCAUUGGAGUUAUAUUCAGUCAUAUCAAUAAUACAUAUUGCAUAGUAUAAAGUAACAAUAAAUAUAAUAAUACAAUAGUAUAAUAUUGUACUGGUACGCUAUUAUAUGAGAAAUAUAUUUGUGCACAAAACAUGAGAGGGAUGAAGAUUAAUAUACUUUCAAAAUAUUAUAGUAAAUGUGAUAUUGCACAGUGGCCCAAUUUUGAUUCAAUGGUUAACUGACUCAGUCACAAUCUGCCUAAUCCAACGCUAAAGUCGACCGCUUUUCUGCUCAAACGUAAGGCAGCUGUGUCUUUGUUGUUGGAAAUUAUUUUCUUCUGUUUUCCCAUCCAAGUAAAACUAGCCAUGAAUAGAACCACAGCCCAUAAUUGACAAUUACACCUAUCGCUAUCUAUUGAAAAGAAAAUCAAAAUCAUUUUGAGUAUUGCGAAUUAUUAGGCUAUAAAUAUGCUUGUGUUUAUAAACGUUAUUAUAUUUUUUGUCGCGCACAAUCCAGUUUAUAAUAAAUAUUAAGUUGCACACACCAGAUGUGUUCAAACAAUCAGACACAAUACCGAGGCGAGCGCAAUACAAUACAAUAUACAUGCAAUAAAAAGGAUCUACUUACCACUAAUUUUAUAGGUAUUGUACCAUCGCUUGAUUGCUCCAACAUAGUCACAGAUGGUAGUUGCCUAUAUCUGCAGCGGCGUUAUAUAAUGUCUCUAUCACUUCGUCUAAUGAAGCUGUAUAAAAGCUGUUAGGCAACUGGUUCAUGAUGGUUCAUCAUCGUAUUUCAAAGCCGAUUUAGCCGAGUCCAUACUCGUUGACUUCCAGAUGUCGUACUGACCCUAUUAUCUGAGUCUCUAACCGUCAUUCCGCCGUCAAAUAAACAAGAUAUAGCACUUGUUCUUUGAUUUUUAAAAAUCAGUUAUCUGCGCCAUAAACAAGUGAAAUAGACAAAAAUUCCACUGCAAUAUGUUGACGCGCCAUAUAAUUUACUACAAAUACGACCUUCAUAUCUUCGUUUCCGUUCAUCUUAUGACGUCACACGGCAUCAAUAUGGCGGCGGAAAAGUUCGCACGCGAUAACCAACUUCCGAGGUUAAAUUUGGCAACUUCUAAGCAUCGCAUGAUGGUCAAACAUAUAUGAAAAUGCUUCUAAAUGACUGAAUUUUUAUUUAAGCUAAAAAAAAGUAGGUCCAAAAAUUCGCUGCAGUAGCACUUUAAAGUGCACAUGACACGAACUCCCCAUUGCAUCAUAUCUAAAUAUCUGAAGAAUGGCCUUAAUAAUUUAUUCACAGCCAAACUCCUAUUCAAAAACAGCAUUGACACUCGAGAGAAGCUCAGAUUGAACCUCCACUCAUUGAGUGUGAGUGAGCUCUUAGAAUACGGGCGUAUGUGGUUUUCAUAGAAGCACACUAGUUAUCAGGUCUCUCUCUCUUAUUUUAAUGUGUGCUGUAGACACUUUGGAACAAAAGUUUCGUUUUCUGGAAUAAUUCAUAUUCACCAUGGCACCUACAAGUGAAAAAUAAUAAAUGCAAAUCAUAAAAAUUCCUUUUACCUGGUAACUACUGUGUUGUAUGAUAACCGCAUAAACAUUCCAAAAUGUUUGCGUAUAGGUGCACUUACCAACUGUACCAAAUUUAAUUUAAUAUUUCAUUGAAUCACUUUCUUCCAUUUUCAUUUGUUGCCAUAAAAAUAGGGGGGGAGGGAGAUUUCGUAUCAUGUGCACUUUGAAAUUAAGCUGUACCAGAAAUAAAAGCGCAGACCAAAUAUGGAAAAAGAUAUGAUAAGUGCAUAUUUUGAAAACUAUAUAGCCUACAACGUUUUAAAUAACAUUCUUAAUGCGGAUUGCAUGAAAAAUUUCUAGAUUUUGGUAGGCUAACAUUAGGUUUUAAAUUUUCUUUCGAAGACAUGCUCUUGAGACCUACAACAGUUUUCGUAACCGCUGCAAGUCGUUUUUUAUGGAGCUUGUGUCUGUGUAUUGCUUUGGAGAGCAGUUGCCAAAUCCAGAUCUAGUUCGAAAAUUUAUUGGCUACGUGAUCAAGGAUGAAAAUAGAACUGAAGAUUUUACACCUUUUGAUGGACAAGGAAUUGAUGUCACACCUGUUAUCAGAUCUUACAUUUUACAGCAACUUCUAGUAAUAAAGGAGAGGUAUGUUGUUAGCAUGCAGUUGUUGGCUGAAUUGCUAUACUGUAGAUGUGUUAAAUAUGACAUAUUACUAAUUAACAUAAGUUCUCAAUAUACCGUAUCCUUGAGGAUAGUAAGGUGCAAACAUAUUUAGCGAAUUAUGGAUUCCAAUUAGCUUAUAUUUUUUUCUAUUAGAUUAUAUGUUUACAUUAAAGCAAAGUUUCCAGAUUUGUAUGAGUAUCUGGAUUACUUGUUUUCAAAUUAAUCAGAACUUGUGAGGCGUUUACAGUAAAGACAAUCGCUGUGUCAGGACACAGCGAUUGUCAAUGCAGGCAUUAAUUAUAAUUUUAACACUGUUAUUGUUAUUGUUAUCAUGCGAUGUUUGGACCCAGUUUGGCUGUUCAAUUUAAUAACUAUAUAUAAUUUGAAAAACAUAGGCGAGAGAAAAUUUAUUCGGAUUCUUUGCCGAAAGCUUUUACACAAAAACUUUUGCGCCAUUCACGAUUCAUAUUUUUUUCAUAUAUAGUUUCCACAGUCUUUGUGGAUUCGAAAAUUCCGGUUUAUUCUCUAUCUGUAAUCAUGUUGUGUUGGAUUCAUGCCUUCAUUAGUGCAAAACGAAUCCGAUCUGAAAACACUCCGAACUCGUUACGAAUCCAAAACUUUCUCUUCAGUGUAAAUGUCUUAGAGUAUACUACCCAGUUGUAACUCUAUAUCCAUUGCCUUGAGCGUGAGUCGUGCCUGCGCUGUGCGUGGUUCCUAUAUGUGAUGCUAUCCUUGGUAACCUCAUAUUACUAGAAAAAUACAUGCAAGCAGGGACUCCCUCAUUUUUAAACCAAACUACUGCACACUUGUCCGCUAAACUGGAAAUUCGGCAAAAUUUUUGAUAACGUAGCCUAUAUGCAAGAAAAUGGAUAGUCUGCUAGUAUAUCUUUACCACUAAAAUUAUUUUGAAAAGUUAAUUUUCGGAUGCAGGACGAUCGUUUUAAAAAAACACUCUAAAAAUGGAAGGCUUAAAAUGCAAUUUGAAUUCAUAGGGUGCAAAUUUAGAAGGUGUUUCAUCAAUUAUCAAAGUACCAGACAAUUUUAUAUACUUAGGUCCAACGCGCGACCUCUAAAACUUGGAUUUUUUGUCAUACUAGCCUUUCACGUAUAAUUUUAAAGGCGCCGCGCUUUGGACUCAGUGUACAUCAAACUGUCUGGUACUUCGAUAAUUCAUAAACCGCCUUCCAAAUUUGAACCCUAUGAAUUCAAAUUGCGUUUUAACCCUCCUGCACUCGUAAAAUAACUUUUCAAAAUACUUUUACUCGUAAAGAUACAGGCCGACUCCAAAGUACCCAUGCUUGCAUAGAGGUUUCACAAAUUUUGUAGAAUUUGCAGUUUUGCGGACAUGUGCAUUUUUUAUACACCCUGCAGUUGCCAGACAUAUUUUCAACACAAAUCAUCCAGCAGGCAAUAAUUAAAACAAAAAUCCAAAUAUACAAAUAUCUCGGCCAGCGUCGCGACCAACUCUUACACUUUUUCGUCUUUCCCGAACUUCCCCCGCGCUUGAUAACUCAAUUAGGCAGGCCAAAUCAUGAAAAAAGUCUUCAAUUUAAGAAAAUUUAAUACACCUACAUGGAAAUAAAAUGAUAAACGGUGUUAAGCAAUAAAUGCUAAAGAUAAACAGUAAAACAAAUUACAGUGCCUUGUUUAUUUUGUGCCUUUACUUAAUGCCUUUCAUCUUAACAUUUCUCGUCGUAUGAGUCUUCAUUGUUAUUAUUUUUAUGCAAAUUAAAAUUUAAAAAUUGCUUCACUCCCUCACUCUUUUAAAUCUCGCCCAUUCCACUCUAAAGUCAAAUCACUCUUGAAUGUCUUAGAAUUUUUGACAUUAGUGACAUGAACAAUAGCCAUGCAUCAACGAUCAUUUAUUAACUUUUGAACUGCCACCUCUUCUUUUUCCAGGGUUGACAUACAUGUGGCCGAGCGGAAUUAGUAUCCCAGCCCCGGGUUACCACUCGAAGCCAAAGGCGCGUUGCGACUUUUUUAGUACACCUUUUUUAAAGUUAAUAAUCCAAAUAUUUCAAACCUAUUUUUCCAGAGAAAAGGAAGUAUACAAACAUUUAGAAGAAUACCUUCAUCGUGCCAGGGGUUUAGCAGAACAAAGAGAACAUUUGAUUGAAGUUUGUGUAUUGUGUGUACAGUGUAUGGAGGUAUAUAUCCAGAUAACCUAAAUUAUAUACUUUUUUACGUAAAGAAAUAAAUAUAAUAUAGUCAUUCGCCCAUCAGCUCAUAUACAGCGAGCAGCAACAAGAUGAUGGCGCAAAAACUACAAGAGUUUUGAGAAGAACCAGAAAACAAAAAAUAAUCGCUUUAAAAGGGGUAGAAUCACAUCGAAAAACUCAUGGACAUGGGAAUAUUAAUUGUUUGGGAAAAUUUGCAACGAAAAACAAAUAAAUUUGCAGUCAACAAGCACUUACUUUACUACAAAACACCAACAUAAAAUAUUUCAAUGUUUUCUGUAGCCAAUACUGUUCUAAAACCAUUGAUUUCACUUUAAGUUUAAAACAAUAACACAAGUUAAACGAAAACAUUUAUAUUUUCACGCCAACUUGUGACACGGAAUGUGGUUGAACCAACUGUAAAAAUAUUACAACAAAGCUAGAGAGUAUCAAAUAACAAGACUAUAUUAUAUAAAACAAUUAUACUAUUUGCUCUCGUCGUAUAUAGCUAAUAGGUAACUCGGUGCUACGCACUUCGCCUGUUAUGAGCUCACGUAUACGACUUGAGCUCAUCCAUGGUAUAAUUGUUAAAUACACUUGCAUGAUCACCAAUAAUUGGUGCACACAUUCUAUACAUGCUUGCAUGCAACUGUAAAUCGCAGUCAUAAUCAUAGAUCUUUUCUGUAGCCAUUUUGUGUAGAAAAGCUUUUACGAGCAUUAAUAGAAGAAAGCAUUCUAAUCUGAUUAAAUCACUAGCUCAUUAUCUUAUAGUAAAUGGUUUAAAUUACGAAGUGACUAGAUCGAUACUGUAGGUGGCAACCGGCCAAUUUCAAUUUUUGUAAAAUAAAGCGAUGCCACUGCAACCCUUUCCCUAACCCCAAACCCAGUCUCAAACCUGCUAAAUUGUUUUUUGGACAUUCACCGCAAACUUUUAAUUUGCGCGUCAAUGCCAAUCACAAUUUUUUACACUAUCAAAAAGGAAAGUUAGUUGAAUGACUGGCAGUUUUAUUCAACAGUGCAUGGACUAUCUUGUAACUCUGUAUAAAUUAAUGCAUCAAUAUCUCAUAAUUAUAUGAGUUAUGGGGCAGUUGCGAUAGUCAUCCUUAAGUUGUUUUUCAAAGAACCUGCUUAAUUUAACUAAAAGAUAUUAAAUCUAUUUCCAUGUUUAAUAUUAUAAUGUUUGGAUUUCUAAAGGAUUAGAACCAAAUAAAUUAUAUGCAUGGUUUAAUUAUAGAUACGAAUUAAAGUGUAUUUCAUCUUUCCAGUUAAUAUCUACUGCAUGGUUUGUUCUGAAAUAAGGAUGAACAUACCAGAUAAUAAAACUGACAAUAACCAGAUGGUUUCUGCAGUGAGAUAUCGCAUCUCUUUUACUGUACAUUGCCUUUUUUGUACAACAUUAACGACCUUCGAUAAUUGCAAAUUUAAUUUUUGCUGGCUUUGGGUUUAUGAAAUUUAGCUUUAUUAAUGAAACUUCAUUGAAACGCGUUUUUCUUUAAUAUUGAUUUCUUUAUCUAGGACGUGGAAACAGUGAAAUUAUUAAAAGCGAAGGAAGGUGGCGAAAAUGUACAAAUCUUAAUGGCAAGCAGAGAACUGGAAAGAACGUUACGGACUAUUCAUGUUCACCAAAACUCAUUGACUAUCAAUUGUCUUCGAGAUAUCGCUGGAAUAAGGGCUGCAUUGGAUGUUCUUUCUACGUAUUUAGGCGAUGACUUUGCUGAAAAUGUUAAGCGUUUUGAAGCCCUUCAAAAGUGCCUUGAUACAGCAAAACACCUGUGUAGUAAUUCAAGUCGAUCUGUUUUGCAGUUAUUUUUAUUAAAACAGUUAGUUCGCCAUGACCCCAAUGGGAUUGAAGCUGUUAAGGAAAGAUGUAAAAGAAAGGAACUUAAAUGGAUUAUGCCGCCACAGUCUGAGGUAAUACAACGUUUUUACUCCUUUAACGGUGUUUAACGGUUCUGAUCACCUGUCAAGUGCUCUCGUUUAAUAAAUACCAUAUGAGACAUAAGCAGCUGCAUGAUCACACUGUUUGAUCAAUUGUGAAGGUUCGUAAACGAUCCUGUGUUUUUUGCACUAAUCUAGCAUUUAUCUAUAGAAUAGUCUGUUCAGGCAGUGAUAUAUGAUGUCAUGCAUGUAGUCACAGUGAAAAUAAUUAUCUGCCGAAACUGAUUAUACCGAUAUGUUCAUGAAAGUCUGUAUGACAUCUGUAUACCUGAAGGCAUUACCAAAAUGACAGUUUCAAUGUGCAUUUUCUCAAAUUUGUUGUGCAAUACCAUUGUUAAAAUAGUUUUACUUUUUAAUAGCUUUGCAUGGCUUUAAAAAUGUUAAACUCAAAUAUUAAUUUACAUUGAUAAGUCCGAAUAUGACAUUUUGCAGAUUAGAAUCCCUUCUAAUUCAGCCCUAUAUAGGUGUAUAAAUGUCCAAUUAUCCCAUCGGAAAGCAUUUUAUCAGACGUAUAUUAUCAAUGAAUGUUUCCAUGUUCUUUCAUGCUCAGAACUGUUUACUGUCCCUCCAACCAAACCUGCAGAGCAAGUUUAUCGAGCUUCUGUUACUAUUGUUUUUUAGGAGCAAGAUAAAACUCCAGACACUUUCAUAGUUCAUCAUGAGAAUUAUCACACUGUGCGAGAGGCUCUUGGCAAAGCAAUACUUACAUCUAACAUCGAUGACCUUAGUGUAGUCAUUCAAGUGAGUUAUUUUUGUAGAUUGGGUUCAAAACCUCGUGUCCGUUGAUAUAGGUUGGUGUUGAUUGUGCAUGGUUAUCAGAAACCAAUCCUGUUUCUGCAAUAAAAUACUUCAGCAAAAUACUUCAUCUUCCUCCUUUUCCAACGGUAAGGUCAUUCUCGAAGCUGACCACAAUCAUCCAUCCACUGUUUGUUUAUUCAACAAAUUAUGCUGGAUUCCUUUUUAUGACAAAGCCAUGAGAAGUAAACCUUGGCAUUUAGCAUCUUAUUUAUUGAAAUGUCUUCAAAUAAUCACUGUUUUCAAGCAACUUAGGUGUACAACAGUUGGACAUAUUCGGACUUCGUAUUUUUGGAUUUUAUGCAGCGGAAUCCGGACUUUAUUUCAUCUUUCAAAUUUUGCUAGUUUUGGUAACACAUAGUGGUAUUGCAAACCACGCGUAGGAAAUUCAUUCUAAACUAGCUUAUUGCUUCUAGUGGUUGGAAAAGAAUCCAAAAGGGUCCAUUUCGUAGGACUAGGACUGGAUAUAGAACAUCGUAUAGAACAAAUCAAUCAAUCACCUUACCUUUUCAUUCAUCUGACUUUAAUUUCAUUGGGAUAUUAACUGCACUGUACGGUAGACUUUCUUCGAGUUAGGAAAGUAGCUAUUUUCUUGCAGUUCUUAAUUGCGAUCCAAUAUGUAUUUUAUAUAGGAUAUAAAAGCUCAACCAUCCGCACGUUCUUGUUAUGUUUUACUGGCUCUCUUCCGUGAAAUAACGACAACCUUCUCACAUGUGAACAAAGAAGAUAAAAUUCCUGCUAGGGUAGGUUUUGGCUGAGUUUUUAUGAAGGUAAUGAUAAUCUUGCACACAUCUUUCCAAAUGUUGUGUGGACUGCAUGUAUACAGAUCUCGCUGCCAUGAGCAGAAUUAGGUAUUACCUUCUGGGAGGUCCGUGCUUAAAAAUAUUUUUCCAAGAUCUUAUUUUAGCAUUAUAACAUCCUUCAAGAAUGUUCUUUCGACAUGCAGCAACAAAUUGUGAAAUUGUACUUCAAGAACUUCAACAUAAAGGUGUAUUCCUCAUACCGUAGGAAACAAUUUUAUGGCACGCAUGAUGUUGGAAGUUUAAAGCAUACAUGUGGAUGAUUUUAGUUCAAGAUUAUUUGACAACGAUCUCGAACUCAUAGACGCUUAAAAGAGAAAAAGGCUAAUACAAAAUAACAGUAACUCCGAAUAACAUUUUGUUUUUUAAUCGACGUUUCGACUAGUUUGUAGUCAUCUUCAGGAUUAAGAAUAGUGUAAAACUAAAAGUAGAGAAAAAGGAGGUUCUUAUGUUGAGAAUACCAGAUUUUUUAUUAAUACAUUAAUUUUCUAGAAAUCUACGCUAAUUCUUCGCAAUUGUUUGCAAAUUUUAAUUAAACGUUUUCCUGAUAAUAAGUUUGUUUUGAUUGCUCGUGAAAUUGAAGAUAUACAAAUUUCACUCAAUGCCCCCCGACCUAUAGUUGAUUCAGUAUUGCGCCGAUUUCUUGACGACACACAAUGAACAGUUUCCCAAUAUUAAAAGUAGCAAUGUAUAAUUUAGUCACUAUUUAUCCGCAUCCAUACCCGACAUUCGUUUCGUGCAUGCAAAGCAUAUCACAACGCCCAUCUUGGGUGGCAAAUAUAUAAGGCUGGCGUCAAUCAGCCGUCAAACCAAGGAUGCAGUUGUUGUUUGUUGUUUGACAUUGCCAUUGUCCGUUAUACUCACCAUGAUUUGACUAAAGUGAUAUGUUAUGCCUUGCUCGAAUAUUUUACAAACAAAGUCUUACAAAAAGCCAUGGAUAUAGAAAUUUGACAAAUUUGAAUAAUAUUUUAUUUAUAUAGGUCUUGGAAAAGCUAAAUCAAUAUAUUGCAGGGAUUCAGUAUUUACCAAACGAAGUAAGUUAAACUAAAGUUUUAUAUGGAGAGUAUAUUAUUUAACUAAAUCAGUACUGACCUCACAAUCUAUAAAAUACUGUGAUUCUGCACUUCAACUAUAUUUUAACAUAUUGUCUCCAAAGCGCUGGAUCGAACCACGGGGACAGUGGGGGAAGCUGCCGUGUGCCGUAGUUAUAUUUAAAGUGCUGAUGACUUCAC